UUUGGAUAUAUUCUUUACAAAUAUAUAUUUUUAAACUCUUUUAAUACCAAGAGCCCUAUAAUCGUAUAAGUAAAGGUUCAUAGGAGCAAUGGAAUGUGGAACAGUUGAAUUUCACUUGUGUUAACUUUGCACUGAAUUCGGAACAGAUGAAAUAUGUUUUUGGAUGGACAGUGUAACUUGGUGCCCGUCAAAUAUCAUGUCAACGCAAAAGUGAAAAGUGCGGGGUCGGAACAAUCGGCGCAGACAUGUGUAUAUAAACAAACCUAUAUACAGCUAUGUAUUUACGUAGAGACAUCCGAAUGCAUUUGCAGGAACAUCGCCCACGACGCAACCAGUUGAUUUAUACGGAAAACAAGCUAUACCAAGUACACGGUGCAGCAUGGCGAUGAGAGCGCCUUUCGCUAUAUGGUCGAUCUGCAGACGAACGAUACCGAGGUGGACUUCUGGCUGCUCACCCGGAACAUGUCUGUGCUGACGGUGGGUCCGCAGCGUAAGCCACAGUUCGAGUCGCGCCUGUCUCAGUUGGGUGUGGAAUAUCAGACCCAGCCACUGAUGGAUCUAAUGGCAUCGCUAGAAGCGAAUAGCACCUAUGCGGAUGCCGAUGACUUGGAUGAAUGCCAGCCGGGGAGUUGCGAGUCGGAGCGUCCACACAAUCGACAGCGUCGUCAGGCACGCGGCUUCUUCUCGCAUUAUCCGCGCUAUCAUGAGAUACUCAACUUCAUGAGCGGCUUGGCUGCACGUUAUCCACAGUACUGCCGCUACGAAUCGCUGGGUCGCUCCAACGAGGGCCGUCACAUUGCCGGCCUGUCCAUAUCGCUGAACCAGCGUGUUCGCCCGCGCCGUGUGGCCUACAUUCAGGCAGCUGCCCAUGGCAGGGAGUGGAUCACAACGCAGACGGUGCUCUACUUGGCCUACGAGCUGCUCAGCAAUCUGCGCGCAUUCCAGCGGGUACUGAACGAUGUCGAGGUGUUCCUUGUGCCGCUCGUCAAUCCCGAUGGCUAUGAGUACACGCACACAACGGAUCGUUUCUGGCGCAAGAAUCGCCAUCGCUAUGCUGGUCAUUCCUGCAGCGGGGUGGACAUCAAUCGUAACUUUGGCAAUCACUGGAACUAUCAGGGCGCCAGCCAGAAUCUCUGUUCGGAGGUCUAUUCGGGCACGGCGCCAAAUUCGGAGCCGGAAACAUCGGCGGUGGUUCGCUAUCUGGAAUUCAAUCGUCAUCGUGUGAAGCUCAGCCUGGAUGUGCACUCAUUCGGCAAAUUCAUUUUUUAUCCCUACGGCUAUGCGAGAAACACAGUGCCACCAACCGUCGGCACAUUGCGCUCCGUGGCAUCGCGGGCCGCCAACCAAAUCGGCAAAUAUCGCGGCACACGAUACACCAUCGGCACCUCCGCCUCCAUACUGUACGAGGCUUCUGGCAGUCUGGAUGACUUUGCCUAUGGCAGCCUGGGCAUACCCUUGUCCUACACGGUUGAGCUACCCGGCGAUGAAUUCCAUGUGCCCUCCUAUGAUAUCAUACACGUCUGCAAGGAGACAUUUGCCGGUUUCGUCGAGUUCAUCCGGCACGUUAGUCUCUAUUAAGUAUUUUGGCCGUCCUUAGCAUUUAAGCAAUUGAAUUUAUAAUUGUUAAUUUAACUAAUUAGUGUCAUUGUUGUUAGGCAUUAAAGUGAGAAAGUGAGACAAAAGAUAACAAAUACACGGUUUGAUGUUCGUUAGCGGUAACUUAAAA